AUGAGGGGAGGGGAAAGGAUCGAUGAGGAGCUUCUGAAACGGACGCACUUAGAGAAACCUGCACUGGGAGAAGCAACAGAUGUUGCUGCAGUUUGUCCUGCUCCUGAGGCUGCAGGAGAUCAAUCUCCUCCGUCGCUUGUUGAAAAUACGAAGACCGAACACCUACCCGAAGCAGUUGAAGCAGAUGUACAGGCCGUGGAUGGGACGGCGAAGAAUAGCGUGCAGCCGAUAGGCGCAGUGUUGCUGCAAAAACUGCCGCUGGAAGCGCUGGAUCCCCAUAAGAGCAUGGAUAAACAGGUGCAGCAACAGCCGGACAGUUCGGAGCCACCUAAGCAAAGCCGCCAGAGUAGCGCCGAUACAUGUGACACUGAACUGCUUGCAGAUGGCAACAACAACAGCUGCAGCCUCCAAGCUGUGCACGAAGAGCUGUGCAGCAGCAGAAGCAGCAGAAGCAGCAGAAGCAGCAGCAGCAGCAGCUCUGUCAGAACGAGCAGCGCAGGAAGCGACAGCAGCAACUGCAGUGAUCGCAGUAACGACAAGGGCAAAAGCUCUUUUAGCUUCUUCCACCAGAAGGCUAAAUCUAGAGGCAGCGAAAGCAACUGCAGCACGGACGAGCACCAGCAGCAGCUACUGCAACCUGGAGACACACCUCGAUUCGGUCCAGCAGCUGCAGCACGGACGAGCACCAGCAGCAGCUACUGCAACCUGGAGACACACCUCGAUUCGGUCCAGCAGCACACCUGA